GUGGUGCUGGCGCUGGUGCUACACACGACUUCGCUGACGCUCGGAAUGGCGCACGACCGGCAGCACUCGCUAUACAUUCGAAACCAGAUUCUGGCUCCGGUGCUUUUUCUUGUCUGCGUCCAGAUACUGGAUUUUCUUGCGAUCCACCGACUGUUCGGCCCCUGGACCGUCACCCUCCGAGCCCUGAUGGUUGACCUGGAAAGACUCCUGGUGGUCGUCGCCGUGUUCGUGAUGGGCUUCACACUGCACAUGACGGCCAUCUACCAGCCGCUGCGCCCGCGGCCGCCGCCGCCGGGCCCGGAGCACGGCCUGGGCUAUCCGCCGCGCGAGUUUCCGGUGCAGACAGCGCUGCUGCCGACAAUGGAGAUGAUGUUCUUCGCUAUGUUCGGCCUGGUCGACUCAUACAACUUCCUGCCGCCACUGAGCACCCACCCGGCCUGGGCGUCGGUCCUGGUCAAGCUGGUGCUGGCCGUCUACAUGGUCGUCACAGGGAUCGUGUUGGUCGGCCUGUUGGUGGCUAUGAUGUGCGGCACGUUGCAGCGGCUCGGGUCGGAGUCGGACACCGAGUGGAAGUUCGGGGCGGCCCAGCUGAUCCGGCGCCUGAGUCAGAGCUCGUCCCCGCCGGCGCCGCUCAACCUGGUCACCAAGCUGUUCGUCAGCCUGCACGCCCUCGUCCGAUUCAGAGCUGCGGCACGGCCUCGCCGUCUGGAGGACGCCGUCGACUGGCGCAAGGUGGCCGACAAGUACCUAGCGGGCCAGGGCCGAGGGGCUUCCGGCCGGCGCGCGUCAGGUCUGCUCGACGGUGACGACACAGACCCGCCGCCGGAGCCUGCGCCCCGCACCCUGUGA